AUGUUGAUCCUCCGCAGGUUCAAAGCCUCCCAUUAUCACGCAGUAAGUUCACUAUGCUUCAUUUCUUCUUCGUGCUAUGUAUUAUCAGGAAAGGUUUUGACUUGGGCGGCAGCUCAAAUUCUGCGCUCCCGCUGCUCGUUUUCGACGGAUUCUAGUUUUGUCGAUUUUUACGGGUUUUUCAAUCGGGAGACAAUCACGAAGAUUGUGAAAGAGGAGAGGUGGAAUGAUUUUCGACUGUUGAGGUUAUUCGAAUCGGAAUUAGCCCCUCUCUGGGUUUCCAAAAUAUUGGUGGAGCUUAAGCAAGAUCCUGCAUUGGCUUUGAAAGUGUUCAGGUGGGCCGAACAGCGAAAUGGGUUUCGACUCACAACAGAGAACUUCUGUGUGAUUGCUCACAUUUUGUUCUGUUCUAGAAUGUACCCAGAUGCCCACAAUGUUCUCAAACAACUAGUUACUCUGCACCACAAUAGUGAAAGUGACAAUAAAAUGUAUACUUGUUCUAUUGUCUUGGAUGUUCUGUGGUCAACCAGGAAUGUUUGCUUUCCUAGUUAUGGUGUGUUUGAUGAGUUAUUUAGCGUAUAUGUCGAGCUGGGCUUGCUAGAGGAAGCUAGGGAGUGUUUCUUAAGGAUGAGAAAGUUUAGAGUUAUUCCUAGAGUGUGGUCUUGCAAUAUUCUUCUGCAUAAGUUUUCAAGAUCAGAAAAUGGGGUCUUGGCAAAAAAAUUCUUUAGUGAUAUGGUUGGGGCUGGGGUAAGCCCUUCUGUUUAUACAUACAAUAUUUUGAUUGGUAUUUUGUGCAGAGAGAGAGAUUUAAAAGGCGCGAGAAGCUUGUUUGGUACAAUGAAGGAAGUAGGCAUAACCCCUGACGUCAUUACUUAUAAUUCGCUGAUUGAUGGCUAUGGAAAAAUGGGCGAAUUGUUUGAGGCGGUUUUUAUAUACGAGGAGAUGAAAACAGCUGGGUGUUCCCCCGACAUAAUUACGUAUAACACAUUGAUUAACUGCUUCUGUAAACACGAGAAUUUGCCAAAGGCUUUUGAGUUCCUUAGGGAGAUGAAGGAAAAUUAUAUUAGACCAAAUGUUGUAACUUACAGCACGUUUAUAGAUUCUUUUUGUAAAGAAGGAAUGUUGGAUCAGGCUAUUAAAUUUUUUGUGGAUAUGCGGCGGGUAGGUCUCACUCCUAAUGAAUACACCUAUACUUCUCUUAUGGAUGCUAGUUUUAAAGCAGGAAAUACUGAUAAUGCCCUUAAGUUUGUGAGGGAAAUGCUAGAAGCUGCUAUAAGGUUAAAUAUUGUUACCUAUACGGCUUUAAUUGAUGGUUUAUGUGAAGGCGGGAGGAUAAAGGAGGCUGAGGAGGUUUUCGAGGCCAUGCUUAAAGAAGGGGUGGUGCCUAAUGAGAAAAUGUACACAGCUCUCAUGCAUGGAUAUAUUAAAGCCGAAAGAAUAGACGAUGCUCUGAGGAUUAUGGGAAAAAUAAAAGAAAAUAACAUUGGGCCCGACUUAGUUUUCUAUGGGAAUUUAAUUUGGGGGCUUUGCAAUGCGGGGAGGUUCGAAGACGUGAGUUCACUGUUGGAUGAAAUGAAGGAACGUGAGUUAGAGGCUAGUGAAGUAAUAUACACAACGCUUAUAGAUUCCUAUUUCAAGGCAGGAAAAAACGUGGAGGCUCGAAACUUGGUUAGUGAAAUGCAGGAAAAAGGUGUGAGUCUCACGACUGUAACUUACGGAUCGUUGAUUAACAGUUUAUGCAGAUUGGGACGUGUCGAUGAGGCGAUCGAUUAUUUUAAUCAUAUGAAAAGUUGUGAUUUACAGCCUAAUGUUAUUGUUUACUCGUCGUUAGUUCAUGGCCUCUGCAAAAACGAGCGCAUAGAGGAUGCUAAGAAGUUUUUCUCAGAAAUGACCGAGAUAGGCUUGAUCCCAGAUAUAAUUGCUUACACGCCGUUGCUUAUGGGGACCGUUAAGCAGGGAGAUUUUCGGGAGGCUUUUGAUCUUGUAAAAAGAAUGAGUGAGGGUGGGGUCGGGCUCGAUCUUCACGUGUACACGUGUUUGAUUUAUGGGCUCUCCAAAUGCGGUCGGGUUCACGAAGCAAGGGAUUUGCUAUCGCAGAUGAUCGAAAGGGGAGUCAAGCCGGAUGAAGUUGUUUAUGGCUGUCUCGUUCGUAAGUAUCACGAGCUUGGCAAAACUGAAGAAGCCGAUGCCUUGUUGAAUGAGAUGACGGAGAGGGGUCUUGGCCCUAUUAAAACUGAACUGCUGGCCAACGAUUUAAAGACUUGA